AGCCUGGUGAGGCAGGCAGUAGCUGUCCCUGCUAUUAUCAGCCACUCAGCACUACUGCAGCAGCCAGGUGAAAGAGGGGACAGUAGUGUACAUGAUGUCCCAAUUACUGUUGUCCCGUUUCUGUGGCAGGGGAUAAUUUGCAGAUCAGUGGCAAUGUUUCGCAGAGCUGCUACACAGAUGUUCCGGCAGUCUGUCAGAUUUCAGUCCACAGACUGGGGAGUUUUAGAGAGAUCUCUAAACAAGGUGCAGCUGUUGGGCAGAGUUGGCCAGGACCCGGUAAUGAGGCAGACGGAUGGGAAGAACCCGGUCACCAUCUUCUCAGUGGCCACCAAUGAGCUGUGGAGAUCGGGGGAGAGCGAGGUGUUUAGUGCAACUGGAGACAUUAAUCAGAAGACAACCUGGCACAGGAUCUCCGUUUUCCGGCCCGGUCUCCGAGAUGUAGCCUACCAGCACAUCAAGAAGGGAGCGAGGGUCUACGUGGAAGGAAAGAUCGACUACGGAGAGUAUACAGAUAAGAACAACGUACGCAGACAGGCGACCACCAUCAUAGCAGACAACAUCAUAUUCCUGAGCGACACCCGGGACAAGUCUUGAUGUACCCCUCAGCCCUCGCCUGCAUCCUUAAUGUACAGCACUUAGAUUUGUUUCAUGUUAUACCAAGUAAACUCUUUAUUUGUAUUUACUUUAGAAAAAUAAAACACUGUUUUCUAA